ACUAUAAGGUCUCGUGCAGCAGCACAACAUCCACUGACACAGAAGAUCCUCGUCUAACAAUGACGGAGCACGAAAAGCGCUACGAUCCCAGAGACACGACCCUCAAAUUUGUUCCGCGGCGGGAUGAAAUCACCCUUGAUGAUGACCCGAACGUCCUCAGAGCAGAGAUGUCCUGUGGCCAUGCUGUCACACCACAGUCCCUCACGGCAUGGUGUCGCAGUCUGCUGGACCAGGGCCAGUACAAGUUCAAGUGUCCAGCAUUAAGAGAUGGAACAACUGAGAAGUGUGGAGCUGAGUGGCCGUAUGUGGAAGUGCGGAGGAUGGCUUUACUGACUCAAGAGGAGCAGAGUCACUUUGAGGAAACCAUGGCUGUCUUGGCAGCUGCUGAGUACUGUGAAUACAACUCAUGUCCUGGUUGUAAGUCGUUUGUUGAGAGGGAGGACCUGACCAAUCUCUGCGUACACUGCAUCAUCUGUACAGCAGAGACUGGUAAGAACUAUCAGUUCUGCUGGCAGUGUCUGAAGGAGUGGAAAGGACCUGGCCCUCGCUCAGACCGGUGUGACAACAGUGGCUGCAAAAACGUACUCCUUGAGAACCUGCAGAAAUGCCAUGUUAUAACCCUCCCUGAGGCUCAAAAUCUAAGCGUUCCCUCUCUGCGGGCUUGUCCGACCUGUGGUAACGUGGUGGAGCAUGACAAAACAGGGUGCAAGAAUAUCAUAUGUAAUCGCUGUCAGAUUGAAUUCUGCUUUUCUUGCUUACAGCUCACCCCUGUUUGCCUUAAAACAAGCUCUUACUUUAUUCCCUGCUCACGUGGUGUGGCCCCUCGGCAAACUACCAUUCCCUCCUGGAUUAAGUAGGGUACUGAAAUGUUGAUAUACUGGUAAUACAAAAAAAAACUUUGAAGAAUGCUGUAGUUAGUAUCUGUGGGCUUGACUGAGUUACCUUGGUUUAAUGUAAAGCAUUAAGUAAAUUCAAUAUGACUAAAUAAAGGACUACUGUCCUGAGAA